AUGCUAUGCAAAACCUUUCGCCUAUGUGCCAAACGCACUCCAGGGUACGUUUUUUGGCGCCAAAACACUCUUGUAGAGCUGGAGCACUCCAAACGAAACUACCUGAUGUCAGAACGUCCUAUUCCAGUGGCUGAGAUAGCGCGGCGCAUGUUACGCGUCAAGAAACGUUACGAGGAGACCCGCGACCACCACGAGCGCAAUCUCCUUCGUGGUGAGUACAAGUACUUCAGUGGGAAGAUCUGUGAUACGCGCGGUGCUCGGUCGAGUGACCUCAUUGCCUUCUUAAAGUGCAGUACAUUUUUCGGCUUUUGGGAUACAGCACAAAUUGAACAAGUGAUGCAAGAGGUACGUCUCAAGCGCGAUAGCAUUGUAGCGAACGAGUUGGUGGAUCUUUUCUUGUGCCUCCCCGACUUGCGAAAGCAAAACAGCGAACUUUAUCGAGAUGUUGCAGAGAGGCUGGCAGGUUUGGUGCCAGAGCUAACUACGCAAGAGUGUAUUGCUGUGUGUGAAGCCUGCACCGAGACCACCCCCGUUUCUCUUCUGCACAACGUGCUUCUAGUAGUUAAGCAGUGCAUCGAUGAUCUUACCGCUUCUCAGUUGGUGAAUGUCAUUGAUACUAUUGGCGCUGCCCCACAGUCUAUAAGACAGCACUUCCAGCAGUUUCUUGAAGAGCUUCAAGCCAAGGCCGUUGCCGUGUGUGACGAGUUAGAUUGUGUAGAUAUCUCCGUGCUAUACACUGCGCUUAAAUUACACGGCAACUGUAGUGAGCAUGAGGAGAAAAUGCUUUUGCGAAGCUAUAUUGCACGCACUACGAGCAGCUGUGCACGUUCAUUGGCCAUAAUGCUUUCUGUAGCUUCGAACUCAUUAGAAAUGAGCCUGUGGCUGGCGCACGCGAUGGAGGAACGGGCCUUGUUCUUGGCAACCGACUUUACGCCCGCAGAACUGCUCGCGGUGUUGCGAGUCUAUAUGGGGUGUCUUGGCGCUAUGAGUAUGGUUGCAGGCACGCACCAAAGUCCCAUGGCCGGAUUCGCUGCCACCAACCCUUUGCCUACAGUGAAAGUUAAUGGUAGGAGUAUACCUAAGGCCUUGAUAGCCGAAGUGGAGGUAGCCACACAACGACAAGCUGGACUACGCCAUGUCCUGGAUGGGCUCUGCGAGCAGCUGGUGGUGGUGCUUGAGGGGGCUGCAUCAUACGUCUCACCCGCGCAGCAGAUGGCGCUACUGGAAGUGUAUGAGACAACCUUGGAUGACUUAGCAUCAGUGACUGAGGAUUCGGUUUCGUUGCUUCUUACACAUCUUCCCCGAACUCGCACUAUAAUGCAGCUUCUCGCAAAUAAAAUCAUAGCGCAAAUCAAACAAAGUUGUCCGCUUGGAGAGCUUGUACGCCUGUUGGAGCUGGGCAAUAAUCUAGGAUCCCGUAUUUUACCAGAUGCUGUUGUUUCAGCAGCCAUGCAGGAAUUAGUCGUGCGGCAUUGGAAACUGCCAUCUGAUGAAUCACUUAGCAUAGCUAAUCUGUUAGGUUCAUUAAAGAACCUCCGUGCCGAACAUCAAGAGCGUCUAAACAAAAUUCUGAUACCAAAAUUGCGCAACUUCGUUUAG